UGGCUGUGAAUGAAACUCCGGGCAGAACUUGGACUCAACUCCUGCUGUAACUUCGCCCCGAGUUCUCCCGCAGCCAUGGAGCGGUCCCACCUCGCCGUCCUGCUCCUGCUCGCCCUGGUCCGACCCUCUCUACAGACCAACGAAGUUGUCCUCCUGGACUUUGCCUCAGCCCACGGAGAACUCGGCUGGCUCACCAACCCGUACAACAGCGCGUGGGACAUCCUUCAGAUGGUGUGGAACGACACACUGAUCUAUGCGUACAGUGUGUGUAACGUGGUGGAGGGCGACCAGGAUAACUGGCUGCGGACUAACUGGAUCUACCGCGGGGAGGCCCAGCGCAUCUUCAUCGAGCUCAAGUUCAACGUGCGAGACUGUAACACCUUCCCCGACAUCGCCACCACCUGCAAGGAGACCUUCAACCUCUUCUACGCCGAGUCCGACUUCGACUACGGCACGAUAUUCCGGAAGAACCAGUUCACCAAAAUCGACACCAUCGCCCCGGACGAGAUCACGAGGCAGGAGGAUCUGGACGGUCGGGUGGUGAGGGUGAACAUGGAGGUGCGUUCAGUCGGGUCGCUCAAGAAGAAGGGGUUCUACCUGGCGUUCCAGGACGUGGGGGCGUGCGUGGGCAUCAUGUCCGUGCGGGCCUACUACAAGAAGUGCCCGACCCUGGAGCGCGGCAUGGCGCUCUUCCCCGAGACCACGGCCGGAGCCGACUCCCAGGCGCUGUCCGAAGUCAUCGGCACUUGCCUGGACCACGCGGUGGCCCUUCAGGAGCCCCCGAAGAUGCACUGCAACACCGACGGCAAGUGGCUGGUCCCCGUGGGCCAGUGUGUGUGCAUGGCGGGAUACGAGAUCGUGGGCAGCAAGUGCGCAGAGUGUAAGGAGGGGUUCUUCAAAUCGGAGGCCAGCGACCAGCCUUGCGUCGGAUGCCCAGCCAACACCCAGCUCUCCGCGCCUGGCUCCACCGCCUGUCCCUGCGCGGAGGGGUUCUACCGUGCCGCCAGCGACUCAGCCACCGCCGCCUGCUCCUCUCUGCCCUCGAUGCCCCAGUCCGUCAGUGCCCGCGUCACGGGCUCGACGGUGCUGCUGACGUGGAGCGCGCCGGCGGACACGGGCGGGCGCGGCGACGUGACGUACAGCGUGGCGUGCGAGCGCUGCGGCGGGGAGCGGUGCCGGCCCUGCGAGUCUCACGUGCGGUUCAGCCGCCAUUCGCCGAUGCCGGGCACGUCGGUCAGCGUGCUGGAGCUCAGCCCCUACACCAACUACACCUUCACCGUGGAGGCCCGCAACGGCGUGUCCAACCAGAGCCCGCUCCGCAGCGUGGCUUCCACCAUCGCCUACGUCAACGAGACCGAACCACCGAAGGUCACAUCGAUCAUCAUGGAGAAACAGGACAAGUCCAGCCUCACCCUGUCCUGGACAGUCCCCGGGCGACAGAUGCGGAGCGUGACCGGCUACAAGCUCAUGUACAGCAAGAAGGUGGAUCAGCAGACCUACACCGUGCUCCAGUCCAGCAGUAACUCGGUCAUGGUGUCCGACCUCCUCCCCGGCACGGUGUACGUGUUCCGCGUCCAGGCCCUGACGCACGACGGCGCCGGCUUCUACAGCGAGACGCACGAGUUCCACACGCUGGAGGAGAAAGCAGAAACUAAUUGGGUCUCACUCGCCGCGGCGAUAGGAGUCGCUGGAGUUGUGGUUCUUCUGGUCAUUGGUUUCAUCUGCUACAGGAGGAGGAAACGCAACUCACGGGCACGUCAGGGGCCUGAAGAUAUUUAUUUCACCAAACACCCCGACCAGUUGAAACCUCUGAAGACCUACGUUGACCCCCACACGUACGAAGACCCCAACCAGGCCGUCCUGAAGUUUGCCGACGAGAUUCUUCCCUCCGCAAUCACCAAACAGAAGGUGAUUGGAGCCGGUGAAUUUGGCGAGGUCUAUAAAGGCACUUUGAAGAAAGGAAGGAAGGAGAUCAGCGUGGCUAUAAAAAUACUGAAGGCCGGCUACACUGAGAGCCAAAGGAUUGACUAUCUGAGUGAAGCAAGCAUCAUGGGGCAGUUCAGUCACCACAAUGUCAUCCAUCUGGAAGGAGUUGUCACCAAAUACAAACCCCUGAUGAUAAUCACGGAAUACAUGGAAAAUGGGGCCUUGGACGCCUAUCUCCGGAGCAACGACGGGGAGUUCUCCUCUCUGCAACUGGUGGGAAUGUUGCGGGGGAUAUCGUCCGGGAUGAAAUACCUCUCCGACAUGAACUACGUGCACAGGGACCUCGCGGCCCGCAACAUUCUGGUCAACAGCCAGCUGGUGUGCAAGGUGUCCGACUUUGGGCUGUCCAGGGUGUUGGAGGACGACACGGAGGGCACCUACACGACCAGCGGAGGGAAGAUCCCGAUACGCUGGACGGCUCCGGAAGCCAUCGCCUAUCGGAAGUUCACCUCGGCUAGUGAUGUGUGGAGCUUCGGGAUUGUCAUGUGGGAGGUGCUGUCCUACGGAGAGAGGCCCUACUGGGAGAUGUCCAACCAUGAGGUGAUGAAGUCGAUAAACGAAGGGUUUCGGCUGCCGGCUCCGAUGGAAUGCCCGUCCGCCAUCUACCAGCUGAUGAUGCAGUGCUGGCAGCAGGAGAGGGCCAAGCGGCCCAAGUUCGGGGACGUGGUCAACAUCCUGGACAAGCUGAUCCGCAGCCCGGAGUCGCUGAAGAGUAUCGCCGACUUUGACCCACGCGUGUCCAUCCGGUUGCCCAGCACCAGCGGGUGCGACGGUAUGAUCUUCCGCACGGUCACGGAGUGGCUGGAGUCGAUCAAGAUGGGACAGUAUUUGGACAACUUCCAGGCAGCGGGGUACAGCACCAUGGAGCACAUUGUACAGCUAACGCCAGAGGACGUGACGGUGGUUGGAGUCCGAUUGCCGGGACACCAGAAGCGGAUUGCCUUCAGCAUCCUGGGGCUGCAGGAGCAGGCCAGCAGCAUGGGUGUGUACACUGUAUGAAGCCUCUCCUGCACCCGGGGAGAGCGGGUGAACCUUGUUCCACGGACUGACUGACGUUACUUGAAUGGAUCGACUGUCCUGCACUUGUGUGUGGCUGGCACUGGACAACGACUUGAUUAUUAAAACCCGUAGAUGGGGUGGGGGGUAGAACGGCCCACUUAGCCGACCCUGCCUUAUUGACUCGACCUGCGAUUCCCCACUGGUGGUGGUGCUCCGUUGUGGCGACGCGACAUGGAAGGGGAGCCGUUCAGAGCCAUCGAUCCGAAGUGGCUGUAUCUCGAAGUGUGCGUGUUUGUGUGUGUGUGUGUGGCAUCUUAUUCUUCUUCCUGCGUAUGGCGUGCACAGCCUAAAGUUGUAAAGGGGCUGUCCCACUUGCGUGCGUUUGGGGCGACCAAACGGAAGCGGAGUUCACGUUAAGUACGCGCGUGACGUCAUUUGCGUCAUGCUUACCGAUCAGCUGGGCAGGAGGCGGGCCGACUGAAUUUGGGCAUCGCACGGCGUCGUCAUCACGCAACGCCAUGCGCUAGACAGGACGCGUAUGACCGC